GGGUCCUCAUUCUGCUCAGUCCUUGCUGCCCUUGUCUUCUCCUCCCCGCCAAGCCGCCGUGUGUAUCACCCUGGCCACCUCAGUGUGUGUCUGUGUGUUAGUAGGGGGAGAUCCCUGGGGACGCGGGGGUCACUGUCACACCUGCCCGGGCGGUGGCGGCAGCACUGCCUCUGGCUGCCCACCCCAGGGACCGACCGACCAGGGAGCAAAUGGCCAGACCCCAGGGGAGGGGACCGGGAGGGCCGGGCGGCCGCGACCCCCAACCUCUCGGAGGAGGGGCUGCCGCUCGCCGCUCCGCUCUUUGUUGUUUGGGGCUCCGCGCCUCCCCCUCUCUCCCUCCUCGCGCCCGGAGUGUCAGACUGGGGGUGGGGAUGAGCCAACGACGCCCCCCUCUCGCUUCCCAUGGAAACCUCGGGGGUGGGGACGUGGCCCCUCCCCCCCGGAGCGGGACUCCAAGAACUCCGGCGGGCGCUGGGGGCUGACUUUCCAGCUCUAUCUAGCUCAGCCCCCUCCCCCAGACUCACACGUCCGCCCCCCACCCCGCUAGAGUCUGGCGGGGAACGGAGAGCUCGCAGCCUGCGGCGAGAGGGCUACACCGUGCAGGUGAACGUGAACGACUAUCUGGAUAUUUACUGCCCGCACUACAACAGCUCGGGGGUGGGCCCCGGGGCGGGGCCGGGGCCCGGAGGCGGGGCAGAGCAGUACGUGCUGUACAUGGUGAGCCGCAACGGCUACCGCACCUGCAACGCCAGCCAGGGCUUCAAGCGCUGGGAGUGCAACCGGCCGCACGCCCCGCACAGCCCCAUCAAGUUCUCGGAGAAGUUCCAGCGCUACAGCGCCUUCUCGCUGGGCUACGAGUUCCACGCCGGCCACGAGUACUACUACAUCUCCACGCCCACUCACAACCUGCACUGGAAGUGUCUGAGGAUGAAGGUGUUCGUCUGCUGCGCCUCCAAAGACUUUGAGGGAGAGAACCCUCAGGUGCCCAAGCUUGAGAAGAGCAUCAGCGGGACCAGCCCCAAACGGGAACACCUGCCCCUGGCCGUGGGCAUCGCCUUCUUCCUCAUGACGUUCUUGGCCUCCUAGCUCUGCCCCCUCCCCUGGGGGGCAGAGAUGGGGCGGGGCUUGGAAGGAGCAGGGAGCCUUUGGCCUCUCCAAGGGAAGCCUAGUGGGCCUAGACCCCUCCUCCCAUGGCUAGAAGUGGGGCCUGCACCAUACAUCUGUGUCCGCCCCCUCUACCCCUUCCCCCCAGGUAGGGCACUGUAGUGGACCAAGCACGGGGACAGCCAUGGGUCCCGGGCGGCCUUGUGGCUCUGGUAAUGUUUGGUACCAAACUUGGGGGCCAAAAAGGGCAGUGCUCAGGACUCCCUGGCCCCUGGUACCUUUCCCUGACUCCUGGUGCCCUCUCCCUUUGUCCCCCCAGAGAGACAUAUGCCCCCAGAGAAAGCAAAUCGAAGCGUGGGAGGCACCCCCAUUGCUCUCCUCCAGGGACAGAACAUGGGGAGGGGACUAGAUGGGCAAGGGGCAGCACUGCCUGCUGCUUCCUUCCCCUGUUUACAGCAAUAAGCACGUCCUCCUCCCCCACUCCCACUCCCAGGAUUGUGGUUUGGAUUGAAACCAAGUUUACAAGUAGACACCCCUGGGGGGGCGGGCAGUGGACAAGGAUGGCAAGGGGUGGGCAUUGGGGUGCCAGGCAGGCAUGUACAGACUCUAUAUCUCUAUAUAUAAUGUACAGACAGACAGAGUCCCUUCCCUCUUUAACCCCCUGACCUUUCUUGACUUCCCCUUCAGCUUCAGACCCCUUCCCCACCAGGUUAGGCCCCCCACACCUGGGGGACCCCCUGGCCCCUCUUUUGUCUUCUGUGAAGACAGGACCUAUGCAACGCACAGACACUUUUGGAGACCGUAAAACAACAACGCCCCCUCCCUUCCAGCCCUGAGCCGGGAACCAUCUCCCAGGACCUUGCCCUGCUCACCCUAUGUGGUCCCACCCAUCCUCCUGGGCCUUUUUCAAGUGCUUUGGCUGUGACUUUCAUACUCUGCUCUUAGUCUAAAAAAAAUAAACUGGAGAUAAAAAUAA